AUGCGUUGUGAAUAUAUUCUCCAUGCAUGUAUCACUAUUGUCAAAAACAUUACUGGUGAGGAAAUCUCACUGAACCCGCAUUUGGAAGUUGCUGGAGAGAAAUCUACAGGUCGUGUGGAUUACACAGUCAAAGCGCUCGAGGAAUUAAUUUGUAUCACAGAAGGCAAGCCAUAUCAAAUCGCCAUUGGGGUUGCUCAGGUUGCAUAUUACGCAAUGCUUCAACCCAAUGGAAAGAAACGAAAGGUCGCUUUCGGGGAAGAAUACGAACCAUCUUUACGGAAUAAUCACUACAGCCAUGGAGUGGUAUUUUCUCCUCUACACUUCAGAAGGAAUUUCAUGUACAUGUAA